AAAAAAAUGAUAAUAAUCAAAUAUUACUAUGACAAUUUAGUCUUUGACAUGUUAAUGAUCAUGUAUUAGUACUUAAUUAGCAACUAAAGACAGUGGUUUACCCACCAAUUCUCCAAUUAAAAGUCAGAAUCUUCAAAUGAAAAGGCACGCACGGCAGAAUCUUUUUAACUUUCUUCUUCUUCUUCUCAAUUUCUUCCUUGAUCCCAUCAAUAUAUAAUAAUCUUUUAAUCUAAAUUUUUUUAAUUUUAAUUUACCAGUUUUUCACUAUAAAACCCAAUUACAAUUUAAUUAUCAUCUCGUUCCUAAAAAAAAACAGAGCUAUGUUUCGUUAUUUCAGUUAUUUCAGUUACCUUUCCAUCUUCUUCCUUUUCCUUUCCCGCCUUUCUUUAUCUAGGCUCACACCGGACUCUAUAACUGUCAUAACCACCGAUACCCACAACACCACGGUCGUCGAUGCCCACAACGCCACGUGGCAUGAUUUUGCUCGAUUCCUAUAUGCUGGAAAGGGAAGUCAAGUCGAUGGCAUGUCAGAGCUCAAGAAGUAUCUCAACCGUUUCGGUUACCUUCCGACAAACAUAAAUUUCACCGAUUUUUUCGAUUCUGAAUUCGAAUCGGCGAUUUUGACUUAUCAAACCAAUCUUGGUUUACCUAUAACAGGUAAAUUAGAUUCCGACACCAUCUCGACGAUCAUGUCCCCACGAUGUGGCGUUCCAGACAUAGAUAUAGAUAAAGAUACAGACAGUGCCUUACAUGUUACAAAACAUUACGCAUAUUUUUACGGCAAGCCGAGGUGGAUUAAGGGAUCGCCGAUAACACUAACCUAUUCAUUGUCGACGAGUAAUAUGAUUGAUUACAUAAGUUUAGAAGAAAUUAAGGUUGUAUUCAAGAGCGCUUUUUCGAGAUGGGCGUCGGUUAUUCCGGUUAGUUUCAGGGAGGUUGAAGAUUACAAAUCGGCAGAUAUUAAAAUCGGGUGGUACGGGCAUGAUCACGGUGACGGACAGCCGUUUGAUGGGGUUUUAGGAGUAUUAGCGCAUGCUUUUUCGCCAGAAAAUGGGAGGUUUCAUCUGGAUACAGCUGAAACCUGGGCCCUUGAUUUUGACAAGGUUAAAUCAAGGGUAGCCGUUGAUUUAGAGUCAGUGGCAACUCAUGAAAUUGGACAUAUAUUAGGAUUGGCUCAUUCUUCAGUCCAAGAAGCUGUGAUGUAUCCUAGUUUAAGUCCAAGAACUAAAAAAAGGGACCUGAGGAUUGAUGACGUGGAAGGUGUUCAAGCUCUUUAUGGGUCAAACCCUAAUUUCAAGUUUAGUUCUUUGUUGGAGUCUGAAAAUUCUGUUGACAAAGGGAUUGGUGUAAAAUGUAGAAUGUUACCUAAAUGGAGCAUUUCUUUGGUGGUGGGUGUUUUAUUAUUGUUUUUGUUUUCAUAAUGACCACUUUUGUCUUUGACCUAGUGUCAAUUUUAGGA